GAGUACACUUGCCCGAGAUGUGAGUCUGGCUUUAUCGAGGAAGUCACAGAUGAUUCCAGUUUUCUAGAUGGCAGCGGCAUAGACGACAGCCCGUCCACACAGUUUGCAGAGCUUUGGGACCAUUUGGACCACACAAUGUUCUUUCCUGACUUCAGACCCUUUCUGAGUAGCAGCUCACUGGAUCAAGACAGCAGGGACAACGAGAGGGGCCACCAAGCCCACGCCGACCUUUGGGGACCAAGCCGACCCCCGCGAUUGCCCAUGACGCGGAGGUACAGAUCCCGAGGCAGCUCGCGCCCCGACAGGUCUCCUGCUAUCGAAGGAAUAAUACAGCAGAUCUUUGCGGGGUUUUUUGCAAACUCGGCGAUUCCUGGCUCACAACACCCUUUUUCCUGGAGUGGCAUGCUGCACUCGAAUCCUGGGGACUACGCCUGGGGACAGAGCGGCCUUGAUGCUAUCGUCACCCAGCUCUUGGGGCAGUUGGAAAACACGGGACCACCUCCAGCCGACAAAGAGAAGAUCUCAUCUCUCCCGACAGUGACAGUAACUCAGGAACAAGUCGAUACGGGUUUGGAGUGUCCUGUGUGCAAAGAGGACUACACAGUAGCGGAGCAAGUUCGGCAGUUACCGUGCAAUCACUUCUUCCACAGCAACUGCAUCGUGCCGUGGUUAGAGCUGCACGACACGUGUCCGGUGUGCAGGAAGAGCUUAAAAGGCGAAGAUUCGACUCGGCAAACACAAAACCCCGAGGCCUCAGCGAGUAACAGCUUUAGCAGUGAAAGCCAACUACACGACCGAUGGACUUUCUGA